AUGGCAACAGCGUCUACAUCUGCAGAAACAAAUGACGACAAUUCGACGGAGGAGAAGAUAGUAAACAACGCUGCUAACAAAGAACAAGAUCCCCUUAAGUUGGCUUACUACUGUACCAAAAUACGAGAUCAGACGAAGGUAGUCUUGGAACUCAAAGGAGGUGAGCCACCCGAGCCUGAUGGGAAGAAGACUCCUUUGCGGAUUCAAUGUGUCAUAGAUAUCAGUUACAGCAUGGAGGAACCUUAUGGUAACGACGACAUAUCGAAACUUGACAAAAUGAAAAUGUUUUCACAAUUAUUGGUGGAGUUUCUGUCUGAUGAUGACAUUCUAGGGAUUGUAACGUUUGGUACAGAUGCCUGGAUUACAUUGCCUCCAACACAUAUGACCGCCAAGGGAAAGUUGCAAGCUAAGUUUGCCAUAGAUAACAUCAUUAGCAGGGGCACAACGAACCUCAGCGCUGGCUUGCUGGGUGGAAUCGAAAUGUUUCUGGAGUCCAAUGAGUUGCAACUGGAUGGUACAUUGAUCCAGACCGACUACAGAGACACUAUUAUACUAUUCUCGGACGGACUAGCCAAUAAAGGUAUCAAGGACGCCAACAAACUCAUUCCUGCUAUGAGGCGACGUUUAGAUAAGGUCGGAAGGGAGCUAGAUAUUGAAGACUACGAUGUUACAAUCUCUGCGUUUAGCACUGGUGGAUAUAUCCCCGAGUUGUUGUUCCAAGUGGGUCAGUCUUUUAGUAGCGAUGCAUUUUACUUCCUUGACGACGACACGGAUCUCGAGGUUGCCAUGAUGAAGCCAGUUCUAAUGCGUGAAAGCAGCGUCGCCUCUGGAAUAAAGGUUCAUCUAAAAGCACUCAAUGGUGUCACGUUUCAAGUGGACGAAUCAACCAAUGAAUUUAGAGUUCAGUCAUAUGAGGACGAUGAUGCAGACGAUAAUCAAAUUUUGGAAUAUUUCAUUCAUGAUAUAUCACCAAAUAUGGAAAGACAUGUUAUCGUUGUGCUUGACCUUCCAGAGGGUCAUGAAAAAACGUUAAAAGGUAAAGAUGUUAUGAAAAUUGAAGUGCGAUUUCGAGAUAAAGAAAUGGCACGAAAACGCAUGCGUGGGACUGUAUCUUAUUCCAAAGUUCCUCUGAAUGAGGAUGAAACCUCUGAAAAGGCGUUGCUGAAAGUAGGCCAACAGGAGUCAAGAAAUGAGGCAUAUAAAGCGUUGCGAAAAUCCACAGACACAUUAACUCGCCGCGCUCGUCCAAAAGCGUCUCGUGAUAUAGAAGAAGGCAUCGUGGAGAUACAAUCAUUAUGUGAACACAUAGGGGACCUCCUUACUUCAGAGGAUUCUGAAAAUGAUCUUUUGCAAUAUGCAAAGCCAUUGAUAACAAAUCUGGAAUAUUGCAUAAAAUUCCUACGAGAUCCCCAUAUUGCAGAGGAAGAUGCCUGGUGCAAAAUGACGUCAAUGUCGUCUGCUAUAAUUCGGGAAUCUCCCGCAGCUGGAGGAACUUUUGCAGAAGGUGCAGAUUUGUUUCUGCCAUCUAUAAUCGAAGAGAAAAUUCGAGAUCUUCGUAGUAGACUUGUAUCAUUGUAUGAAAGUCGGGGACUUUCUCCAGUUCAGCUAAAGUUUUAUGAACGAACACUUGAACAGUUGAAAGACAGAAUAGAGAUUUUGAAUAAUGAUUGAAACUUAACAGAAGGCGUCUGAUCUGAAAUGUCAUUGCAUUUUGAUAGAUCUAUGGAUUAAUUGAUUUAUCCUCAGAUUGUAUCUUUAGAAGAUAUGGACUGAUAAAGACUGAUCUAAAGUGUGCUGGAUUUGAAAGGGAUGAUUGAUUUGUUAAAAAAA